CCUCGUUCCCACGGUUUUUCUCUCCCUUCAUCCAUCUAGAGAAUCAGCAAGCGACACCUCACACCCCGUCUCCCCCAACCCCGUUACGCUCUCUCUCUCUCUCUCUCCGUUCCACCAUUUUUCUUUUCCCAUUACCUCUAAAUUACUUAUCAAGAGCCUGAUACGCAAGAACACAGCUCUCGUAUCAUUCGAAAGGUGUUCGUCUUCUCCGCAAACGACAGAGAGAUAUUGAAUCCUUUUGUGACAAUCGGAGCGGAGAUAUACGGAAUACCUGUGGAUCCAUACCAUACUGUAAAGCGAUGGCGUCGACUCUGCUUUCGAACCCGGUAACGAACUCUGAUCGGUCAAGAAAGAAGAAGAAGAAGAAAAUCCAAGCUAAGGAUCAAAAUGAUCAGGACCACAUCAAAUGGAAGUCCGACUCUCAACAACAAAUCUACUCUUCGAAGCUCCUCCAGGCUCUGAGCCAAGUCCGGCUCAGCAGUCCUCCACCUCCUCCUUCUUCGGCUGACGCGCCCCGCCGUGGAAGAGCCGUGCGCGAGGCGGCCGAUACAGUCCUGGCCGUGGCCGCCAAGGGGAAGAGCAGGUGGAGCCGAGCGAUUUUGACUAAUCGGCUCAAGCUUAAGUUCCAGAAGAAGCACAAGAAGCAGAGAGUGGUGGCGACGGUGUCUGGUUCUAGCCGAUCGUCGUCGAAGAAGCCCAAGGUGACUGUAUUGAGGCUGAAGGGGAAGAGUCUACCAGCCGUGCAAAGGAAAGUGCGGGUCCUUGGCCGGUUGGUCCCCGGUUGCCGCAAACAACCGUUGCCGGUUAUUCUAGAAGAAGCUACUGAUUAUAUAGCAGCGCUAGAGAUGCAGGUCCGAGUCAUGACCGCCCUCGCUGAGCGGCUCUCCGACUCCGGCGCCGGCUCCAGUUCAGCGCCGCCCAGCUGAUGAUGACACCCUUUGGCUAUUGCCACGUCCCAUUUCAUUUCCUUUUCCUUUUGUUUUAAUCUUAAUUUUUAAUCCUUCUUUAUUUCUCCUUUUUUUUUUCCCCUGUUAAAUACAUGCCCCUUUCUCUUGCAAGUAAAUCUAUCUAUCUCACACUUACCUUG